GGAGGGGGGCAACCCAAGGGAGGAGGUGAUAAAGUCACUAGCAGAAGUUCAAUCUCUUACUUUUGUCCACCUCCGAGAGUGAAGCAGUGUCCCAGCAUCUCCACAGCGCCCCCUGCAGUCAUGUGUGAUGAUGAGGAAAGUACCGCUCUGGUCUGUGAUAAUGGGUCUGGACUGUGCAAGGCGGGUUUUGCUGGGGAUGAUGCCCCGCGAGCUGUGUUCCCCUCCAUCGUGGGGCGGCCGAGACACCAGGGCGUGAUGGUGGGGAUGGGACAGAAGGACAGUUACGUGGGAGACGAGGCACAGAGCAAGAGAGGAAUCCUGACCCUGAAGUACCCGAUUGAGCAUGGCAUCAUCACCAACUGGGACGACAUGGAGAAGAUUUGGCAUCACUCCUUCUACAAUGAGCUGAGAGUUGCUCCGGAGGAACAUCCCACUCUUCUGACCGAGGCUCCACUCAACCCCAAAGCCAACCGAGAAAAGAUGACUCAGAUUAUGUUCGAGACAUUCAAUGUUCCCGCCAUGUACGUGGCGAUCCAAGCCGUGCUGUCCUUGUACGCCUCUGGACGCACCACAGGUAUCGUCCUGGACUCUGGAGAUGGUGUCACCCACAAUGUCCCAAUCUAUGAGGGCUAUGCGCUUCCUCAUGCCAUCAUGAGACUGGACCUGGCAGGUCGUGACCUUACUGACUACCUGAUGAAGAUCCUGACUGAACGCGGAUACAGCUUUGUCACAACAGCUGAGCGUGAGAUUGUGCGUGACAUCAAGGAGAAACUCUGCUACGUGGCUCUGGAUUUUGAAAAUGAGAUGGGGACAGCAGCCACCUCUUCGUCUCUAGAGAAGAGCUACGAGCUUCCUGAUGGGCAGGUCAUCACCAUCGGUAACGAAAGAUUCCGCUGCCCUGAGACGCUGUUCCAGCCGUCCUUUAUCGGCAUGGAGUCUGCUGGCAUUCAUGAAACAACCUACAACAGCAUCAUGAAGUGCGACAUUGACAUCCGGAAAGAUCUCUAUGCUAACAACGUUCUGUCCGGAGGAACCACGAUGUACCCUGGCAUCGCAGACCGAAUGCAGAAGGAGAUCACUGCUCUGGCGCCCAGCACUAUGAAGAUCAAGAUUAUCGCACCACCUGAGAGGAAGUACUCUGUUUGGAUCGGUGGCUCCAUCCUGGCAUCUCUGUCCACCUUCCAGCAAAUGUGGAUCAGCAAGCCCGAAUACGACGAGGCCGGACCUUCCAUCGUCCACAGGAAGUGUUUCUAAAGCUGUCGUCGACCACCAGCGUCCUCAGUUGGAAGUGGCUGCAUUACUGAUGAUUGUUAUCUUCAGGAAAUUGCGUGUUAAAUCUUCAUUCAGGUUCUGUUGGACUGAAGCUUCAUCACUUUAACGGCCUGUGACCCACGUGCUAAUGCCAGCAGACUUGAGAAGGAGGAAAAUAAAAGAU